AACAUUGUUCACCGAGGAAGAUGAAUAGGCAAAAAUUUGCAUCAAACCGGCGGUGUCUCACAGAGUACGGGCCUGGCAAAGAGAACGUUUAUAUAACGAGCGUAAGCCUGUAGAACGUCGCGCUGAUGGUGUGUGUGUGGGGUGAUACUCAUUCUGAAUAUUGGACGUUAUUCUUGCAGUGAGGGUGUGUGGGAAUUAAUUUGUUAAAAAAGUGAUUACCAAGGACCUAUACAACUUUUCUAGUGAAGUGUCAGUAUUCGUAAACAGACUAUUAUGGACUUUGAUAAUGACUAUGAAACACUUCCUACCGAAAACGUACUGACCCAUAUGACGGCGGGUGCCGUUGCUGGUGUAAUGGAACAUUGCGUAAUGUACCCCUUGGAUUCUGUCAAGACGCGGAUGCAAAACUUGUCACCGUCACCAAAUGCUGCAUACAGAGGUGUGGGAGAAGCAUUGUUUCGUAUGGUAAAAAAUGAAGGAGUCCUACGGCCUGUACGUGGAAUGAGUGCUGUUGUGUUGGGUGCAGGACCUGCCCAUGCACUGUACUUCUCUUGUUAUGAGUACAUGAAAAACACCCUCACUCAAGGAACAACACGAUCAAAUCAUUUAGCAUAUGGUGCAGCCGGAUGCGUAGCAACCCUACUACAUGAUGCUAUAAUGAACCCAGCCGAAGUGGUGAAACAGCGAUUGCAGAUGUACAAUUCACCAUACAAAUCCCUUUUGGACUGCAUAGUGCAAGUGUACCGUUCGGAAGGUAUCCUUGCAUUCUAUCGCUCAUACACUACACAACUGACAAUGAAUGUUCCAUUCCAAAGUAUCCACUUCAUGACUUAUGAGUUUAUUCAGAACUUAACAAAUGAAGAGCGCCAGUAUAACCCCACUGCUCACAUGGUAUCUGGUGCCAUUGCUGGAGCAGUUGCUGCCGCAGUGACCACGCCCCUGGAUGUCUGCAAAACGCUACUAAACACGCAGCCUGAGAAGGGGCAAGGCACAGGUCUGAUCCAUGCUAUUCGGACAGUUUACAAGCUUGGAGGACCUUCAGGGUAUUUCCGUGGAAUACAUGCUCGUAUCCUGUAUCAGAUGCCGUCAACGGCAAUAUGUUGGUCCAUGUACGAGUUCUUUAAGUACAUGCUGUCAUCUCGUGCUGGGGAACAGGGUGACUCUGCAUUGAGGCUGGUGGUUCCCCAGGCAGCAUUAAUUGUUGAUGCUACCACUGGUGAUGAGCAGCGUCAGGACACCAGGGCAAGUGGAGAUGCAUGGGACGGUUGGUGCACCACAGGAGGAAUGUCGGGUCCUGUGAAGACACCAAGAGAGCUUCCAUCUGUAUCUGGAGUCGGGCUUUAUGGGGCUUUAUCCUUUAAUACAGUCCAUAAUGCAGAUAGCAAGUUGUCGAAGGGAAAUGCUGCUUUGCUUGAGAUCAGCCAUAGUUGAAUGUCUGAUUCCUGAAGGUAAAGCUUAUGCUGGAAUGGCCAGUAAGUGCCGAUGAUGAAUGCAAAUGUGGAGAAGUCACUUUUUAAAUACGAGUAUCACUUAAUGAAGUGUCACUACUCUAGGAAGCAGUAGUCUAGCACUGUUGCUAAUUUACUUUGACUCACAUAAUAUUUGGUCCAUCUCCAGCACUUCAGAACGGACAUGUCUACUUGCUUGGGAAGGUGGGUCCGCAAGAAAUGCGAUUUCUCCAUGUCCACUGUAUGCCUGGCACUUGCUGGAUUCCUUCAUUAAGCAUUCCCUUACUCUUGUGGGUACAAAAUGAAAAAUACAAAUACGUAUGAAAACGAACACAUGGUUUUACCUACGAAAAUGAAAAUAAGAAAGCGCUAAAGCAUCUUUGGGAAAGUGAUAACUAUAUAUUUCUGAAGGAUGUGGGGGUUUUCAGCCCAUGUGACACAGAUGGAGGCAUGGAAUUAAAGAAUUAGCCAGAAAUGUAACAUUGUAGCCCCUCUCCGUUUGUCUAAUCACCUUUAAUUAUUGACUGAAGUAUGUGGUUGAGUUCUUCUAUUCAGUCUUAAAGAUAUUAUAAUGCAGGGUAAUAGAUUUAUCAUUUUACUUUCUGUACAGACCUGAAGACAUGAAUCUGUGAUAGACAUUUCUGGAACUGUCAUCUCGUCCCAUGUAUACAUAUUAAUUUCCAAACCAUGAUAAUUACAAAACUUGUCCACAUUGUUGUGUUUAGAAUAUAGCAUAAUGUUUUCAAAUUGUGAGAGUAUAUUUAAAGGUUUUAAUUCUGAAGAGAAAUUUUGUAAGGUUAUGGGGGUUUUGUUUUUGGGGGGGGGGCUAAUAUUGCAGUAUUCAGGAUCGUACAGUCUGUAUAACAUUGGCUGUUAGGAUGAUUGGUGAUAGGUGGAAUGGCCUAAUGUAGGUACUAUCCCAGAAUUUGCCUGGAGGGAAUGGUGAAAACAAGAAAGAAUUCACAGAGCUGUGUCUAAGCUGAGAUUUGAACCAAGGACUUCCUCAUCAUGAGUCUAGAUCUUAUUUAUAAUUAGAUUUAACUACAGAAGUUGGAAAAUAAAGUACUUGGCGUUUUGUAACAUGUGCCAUAUUCUUUUGUGGCUAAAUUUUGUAUUCUGGGCUUUCAAAGAAAAUGCUAUGUUCGGAUUGAUAUUUUUCACAUUAUUUAGAGUGGGAACUUAAGUAACAUAGUACUGUUGGGUCAUAAUGCUGUUAUCUUCAGUUUUAAGAAGUAAUGUUCAUAGUAAGUAGAGGUAAGGCUAUCCCUGUAACAG